CACUCUCGAGUCUCGACUUCCAACUGCUCGUUGCUGCGCUUCAAUGGCUCCCAAGGUCUUGAUGGUGGCGGAGAAGCCUAGUAUCGCGCUGUCUAUAGCGUCGGCACUGUCAGGCGGGCGGAUGUCCACACGCAAAAGCAGUACCGAUGUUCAUGAGUUUGAUGGGACAUUUAGGGGAUUUGAUGUACAUUACAAAGUGACAUCUGUGAUUGGCCAUGUUUUCAGUUUGGAUUUUCCACCAACAUAUCAAAAUUGGGAAGUAACUGAUCCUAUGGAUCUUUUCCAGGCACCAGUGUUAAAGUCUGAAUCAAACCCAAAGGCACACAUACGUCGGCAUUUGUCUCAAGAGGCUAGAGGUUGUGGUUACUUGGUAUUAUGGUUGGAUUGUGAUCGUGAAGGUGAAAAUAUCUGCUUUGAAGUUAUUGAAUGCACUGGAAUCCCUGAAACCGAGUGUGGAAAGAGGAUUUUGCGUGCUCGAUUUUCAUCUGUAACUGAAAAGGAUAUUUUAAAUGCCAUGAACACUCUUGUUAAACCAAACAAAGAUGAAGCUCUAGCUGUAGAUGCACGACAGGAGAUUGAUUUAAAGGUUGGAGUGGCCUUCACACGAUUUCAGACGCGUUAUUUCCAAGGGAAAUAUGGAAAUCUUGAUUCAAGAGUCAUUUCCUAUGGACCAUGCCAAACCCCAACUCUUGGGUUUUGUGUGCAGCGGUAUCUGCAAAUUACUACAUUUAAACCUGAAAAGUUCUGGUCUUUGAACUUGCAUGUAAUAAAAGAUGGUUAUGAACUUCUUUUAGAAUGGGAUCGGAACAAAGUAUUUGAUCAUGAAGUUGCUAUGUUGUUCCAAAAACUAGUUUCUGAUGACGGCAAUCUAAAAGUAAUAGAUGUAUCUACAAAAGACGAAUUGAAAAGUCGCCCCUGUGGCCUUAACACAGUGAACUUGUUGAAGGUUGCAUCAAGUGCAUUGGGUUUGGGACCUCACACAGCAAUGCAACUAGCUGAGCGGUUGUACACUCAAGGUUUUGUCAGUUAUCCACGUACAGAGAGCACAGCAUAUCCUGCUUCAUUUGACUAUAGAGCCACUCUUGGAGCGCUACAAAACAAUCUUUUAUGGGGCAGUGAUGUGCGUGCACUACUAGCUGAUGGUUUCCAUAAGCCACGAUCAGGUUCUGAUGCAGGUGACCAUCCUCCCAUUACUCCAAUGAGGUCAGCAACUGAAGAUAUGCUUGGAGGUGACUCUUGGAGGCUUUACCAGUAUAUUUGUCAGCAUUUCAUUGGUAGCUUAAGUCCUGAUUGCAAGUACACAAGGACAAAAGUAGAGUUUUCAGCCGGUGGAGAGCUGUUCCAUUGCAUUGGGCAGCAUGUUACAUCUAAAGGAUUCACAUCAAUCAUGCCUUGGAUGGCAGUUAGUGAGAAACUUAUACCUCGAUUCACGGUGGGUGAGAAAAUUGGUAUCAUAAAAGUUGAAAUAUAUGAGGGAAUGACGAGCCCCCCAGAUUACCUUAGCGAGAGUGAGCUAAUCUCUCUUAUGGAAAAGAAUGGUAUUGGCACAGAUGCAUCCAUUCCUGUACACAUCAAUAAUAUCUGUGAACGGAACUAUGUUCAGGUCAAUUCUGGGCGGAGACUGGUUCCAACUGCCCUUGGAACCACACUGAUUCGUGGGUAUCAGUGCAUUGAUCCUGACCUUUGUUUGCCGGACAUACGUGGCUUUAUUGAACAGCAAAUCACCCUAAUAGCUAAAGGUCAGGCAGAUAAUACUCGGGUUGUGCAACAUGUUCUUCGGCAGUUUACUGAAAAAUACUCUUAUUUUGUCAAACAGAUUGAGAACAUGGAUGCGUUGUUUGAAGCACAAUUCUCACCUUUAGCGGACUCAGGCCGUCUCCUAAGCAAAUGCGGAAAAUGCAGUCGGUACAUGAAAUACAUUUCCACUCAACCAACACGAUUAUAUUGUGUCACCUGUGAGGAGGUUUAUUGCCUUCCCCAAAAUGGCACCAUCAAGCUUUACAAGGAACUCACAUGCCCUCUAGAUGGCUUUGAGCUUCUACUCUUCUCCAUGUCCGGCUCCGACGCAAAGUCAUUCCCGCUUUGCCCUUACUGCUACAACAGCCCUCCAUUCGAAGGGAUUGACACUCUAUUCGGCGCUUUCAAGGGCGGAAAUUCUGUUAAGUUAGGUAAGGGAGCAGGCAUGCCCUGCUUUCUUUGCCCUCAUCCAACAUGCCGACAUUCUCUGAUAACGCAAGGGGUCUGCGCAUGUCCCGAGUGCAGCGGCACACUCGUACUCGACCCGGUCAGUGCCCCGAAAUGGAGAAUCUAUUGCAACAUGUGCAACUGUGUAGUCCUGCUUCCUCAAGGCGCUCAUCGGAUCUCAACCACUAAUAAGAGGUGCCCGGAAUGUGAUUCAGCAAUCAUCGAAGUGGACUUCAACAAGAAGACAACACCACUUCCCGACGGUUCUACGCUGCAUGCUGGUUGCAUUUUGUGUGAUGAAUUACUGCAUUCUCUGAUAGAGAUGAAGCACGGGAAGUCUUUUUACCGUGGUCGAGGUAGAGGACGUGGCAGAGGUCGGGGAAGGGGUGGCAGGGCAAGGGGCCGAGGCGGACCUAGAAACUCUGACCCGAAAAUGAGCUUCCGGGAUUUCUAAUCAGGCUUCUCUUUCUCUACCAAGCAUUUUUCUUAGUUGAUGUAGAUUAUUCAACCCUUCAUUACAUUAAAUAUCUAACAGUAAGUAUGUACAUUAUUCCAAACUAAAUUUGUUAUUGGUUUAAAUGUCCUGAUCACUUUCAUAUGUAAUGUGGCUUUAUAUUUGAUUGUAAUGUUCAUUUUGUUUCCUGUAUUUUUAAAAUACUCAAUACAGCCUUGGUUAUAUGAUUAUAAUUUGGCAUGGACCAUAAUUGGAAAAUGUUUGAUCAUGACAGAAAGCCUAGUCUGCAUUGAUCUAAUAAUCAGAAAUUUCACAAACAAAACUAGCUAUACUUUUAUUUAUCAUAAAAUUCUCAGUGAAUGCCUGAACACAUUGGUGAAGAUAAUAACUAGUUUCAUGUGCUAGUUAAACAAACAAAGAAGGUUCCAAAAUCCGGUUUCAGCUUAACAUUAAAAUAAACAUCACAUCUCAAUAUUUCAGGUGCUAAGAACAUCAGUCCAACUAUAAAAUGCCAGCUUAAUACAGUACCCUUGAAAACUUAGACAAUGGCUCAAAACUAUGAAAAGAAUAGCUUCUGAAAAAGAAAA